CUGAGCUUGGCCGUGGGGCUCCAGAACUGUGAGAAAUAAGUCCUUGCUGUUCAGACACUGCCCCCACUCCGCUCCCCUCCGUGGUAUUUUGUUUUAUCAGUCUGAGCUAAGACAACCGGAAAGGUCAGGGCUGAAAACUCAGAUUGGGGUCAUAGGAGGCAUAUAGGGAGGAGGCCAAGAUGGAGAAGACAGACAGACUCUGGCCGCUUCCGUACUUAGUGGUGAGGCAGACAGAGACAGGCAGUGGGGUGGGAGCGAAAGCAGGAGGGUGUGGUGUCUUGAAAGCCAAAGGAAGGGGGAUUUCAUCAAAGGAGCAGCUUGGUCUGCUGGGUCAGAGCAGAUGAAGAUUGGAAGAGGAGGUGCUAGAGGUGGCCAAGGCAACGACGGGGUUUGGAGUAGGAAGGCCUUUACUGUCCUUGACAAGUUCAAGUUCAGUGUUCUGGUGGUGACAACCACAUAAAACUCUGGGAAGUUUUGCAGACAUGGUAGAACAAGGAAGUCAGACGGUAGGCAGAGGGGAAUGGUAGUAUUAUAAAAGAUCUAGAUAUCCAAAAAUAUAGAAAAAUAACCAGAAAAGAUUAAAAUAGCGCCCCCACGUGGCACUCACACACAAGUAAGGGGACAGCACUAUGGGGGCAGUGCAAGGCCUCACGGUACCCUUGAAAAGAGAAUCUUCAGUACUGCGGGUGGAGGCACCCAUGGAUCUGAAUUCCGUUUUUCCUCCAGUCUCUGGUUUCUUUUGCGUUUACAUUGGAAUCAGUUCCUGAGCAUAUAUUAGUUGCAUAUUAAUCAGCAUUACCUAAUGGGAUCAUGUAGCAGAUUUUCUUCUACAGGCUCUAGUAGUGAGCGCCAUUCAGUUUGAUUUAACUCCAAAAAACGACCUCUAGGCAUGUGUGCCGGGCAAGGCUUAAGAUGGCACCCUGAAGAGCUUGAAAGUGGUAGCUGCUCUAGGGUUCCCCUGCCUCCCAAGGGACUCUACAGUUGAGUCCCCAACAGGGCCCCCAGCAGGGAGGAGUCCCCUGGCAGGGGUGGAGCGCCCUCGGGCCCUGUGGCCCAGGCUAGGUGUCUGAUGCGGGGGGGUAGGCGCUCCCACUGCGGCGUACCCUUCCAGCCCAAGCCCGGCGCGGCAGGCGCGGACCUCCUUAGAGCGCCCCGGGGCGGGGCCGGCGCCGCUGGCCAGUGAGCGAGCAGGGGAGCGCGCCCGCUCCGCCCCGCGGUGUCCGGCCCCUCCCCCCCAUCCCCAUAGGCAAGGCUGCGGAGGCGCCUGGACCCUGAUACCUGCCCCGCCACCCUGUCCGCUCCAUGGCCGCUCCCGCUCCCCUGCGUGACUGCCAGGCGUGGAAGGAUGCGGGGCUCCCACUCUCAACCACAAGCAACGAGGCCUGCAAGCUGUUCGAUGCUACCCUGACCCAGUAUGUCAAAUGGACCAACGACAGAAGUCUUGGUGGCAUUGAGGGCUGCCUGUCGAAGCUCAAAGCCGCGGAUCCAACCUUCGCUAUGGGUCACGCCAUCGCCAAUGGCCUCGUGCUGAUCGGCACUGGAAGCUCCGUGCGGCUGGACAGGGAGCUGGAUCAGGCCGUGAAGACAAUGGUGGAGGUUUCCCAAACACAGCCGCUGACGCAGCGGGAGCGGCUACACGUGUCUGCGGUGGAGACCUUUGCCAAGGGGAACUUUUCCAGAGCCUGUGAACUAUGGGAACAGAUCCUCUGGGACCACCCAACAGACAUGUUAGCCCUAAAAUUUUCCCACGAUGCCUAUUUUUACCUGGGCUACCAGGAGCAGAUGCGAGAUUCUGUGGCCCGAAUUUACCCCUUCUGGACCCCCAGCAUCCCCCUGAGCAGCUACGUGAAAGGCAUCUAUUCAUUUGGAUUGAUGGAAACCAACUUCUUUGACAAGGCAGAGAAGCUGGCCAAAGAGGCUUUGUCUAUCAACCCCACAGACGCGUGGUCGGUGCACACCAUUGCCCACAUUCACGAGAUGAAGGCAGAAAUCAAGGACGGAGUAGAGUUUAUGCAGUCCUCAGAAGCCCACUGGAAGGACUCCGAUAUGCUUGCUUGUCACAAUUAUUGGCACUGGGCUCUGUAUCUGAUUGAGAAGGGCGAAUAUGAGGCCGCCUUGACCAUCUACGAUAACCACGUCUUCCCCAGUUUGAAGGCCAGCGGGGCGAUGCUGGACGUGGUGGACAGCUGUUCCAUGCUGUACCGGCUGCAGAUGGAAGGGGUGUCUGUGGGUGAGCGGUGGCAGGAGGUCCUGCCUAUAACCCAGAAGCACAGCCGGGACCACAUCCUGCUUUUCAACGAUGCACACUUCCUGAUGGCAUCCCUGGGAGCUCGGGACUCCGGGACCACCCAGGAGCUCCUGACCACCCUGCAGGAUGCCAGCAAGUGUGUGCCCCCACCAGCUAUAUCACGCAAGGACAUGGCUAUUCUCCUAGGAGCCAGAGUUGCCUUUCCAUCGCCCCGCUGGGGGUGGAAGCCUCAGUGCCAUGGGUGCCGCCUCCCACAGGGGGCACGGGCCCCCGGGGAGAACUGCCAGCACCUCCUGGCCCGUGAUGUGGGGCUGCCCCUGUGCCAGGCCCUGGUGGAGGCUGAGAACGGGAACCCGGGACGUGUUCUGGAACUGCUCCUUCCCAUCCGCUACCGGAUCAUCCAGAUCGGGGGCAGCAACGCCCAGAGAGACAUCUUCAACCAGCUGCUGAUCCACGCGGCCUUGAACUGCACAUCCGGUGUCCACAAGAACGUGGCUCGGAACCUUCUGAUGGAGCGUGACGCCUUGAAGCCCAACUCACCCCUGACCCAGCGGCUCAUCCGAAAGGCCGCUGCCGUCCACCUCCUCCAAUGAGCUGGACCUGGGCCCCUCCCCAGUGUCGGAUCAGCUGCCCCCUAAACCCUGAGGUUAGAAGCAGCUAGAGUCUGUUAGGGCUGUUGAGUAAUUUGCAGCUUUAAGCAGAAAGCCCUGUAACCAGCAACAUUAUGGGAAGUAGGGACACAAAUCAAUUUUAGACAUGACUCAGAAUCUUGGAACCCUUUGUUCCAAGGGCCAAGGGCCAAGGUGCAUGUGCCAGCAGCACUGUUGCCACUUGCCUGGCAAACUGCUUUCCCAGGGGACUCUUGUACCUCCUGGGUUGGGGGGGCUGGCUUGGCUGGGGGAAGGGGAGUCCUCCCAUGGGGAACACUCUUGCCCCUGAGGCUGCCCCUGGGAUAAGCCCUCUCCUUUUGUCUUCCCCAUCAAAUUCUAGAUACGUUGUCCCAUCUUUUGGGUGAGAGCACCCAUGGGGGGAAGUGACUUGCCCAGGGUCACAGCUACCAGAGGCCCUGAGAUUCACCUUGGACCCCCCAGCUGUGGCACCCCCCCCAAAGCAGCACAGGCAUUUGGGGUGGCCCUCUCCUGUCUCUGGAGAAGUCUGUGGACUUCCCCAGGGGGCUCCGGUGGUGCUAAUUAAGGGACCUCAGGUAUGUGGCUUCCUUUGCCCACUAGGACUUGGAUCACAUGGGCGCACAUGCACUGAGCGGGCACACUUUCUGGGGGUUGUGGACUGAACUCAGGGUUGCCCUGUCCUGGCAAAAACCAAAGUCCAUGGAGCUUUACUGAGAUCUGAGCCAGUUUUCUGUUUCCCCAUCUUAACAUGGUCCCAGUGACACUCCUGAGCAAGCUGCUGAUUUCACUGGAAUGUGCUUGUGAGGGGCAUUCCCCACCCCUAGAUGUUUCUCAGGUUCCUUCAGUGUAGGCUGAGAUUAGGCAGGGACUCAGGUAGGGGCAGUGGAGGCCUCCAAACUGAUUAGACAAAUUUCUGAGAUUAAAAUAAAUUAGUUAAUUGGUUCCUUUG